AUGAGUCGUGUGCUGUGUCGCACCGUGUUCACUUUGCGCUUAAAAGUGUCAUUGUCGCGCAACAUGUCCGCAUACCUAAUCGAAGACCCUAAAUACUCUUUCUUGAAGGAUUUGGGAUUGGAGAAUAAGAAUAUUGGCGUGUUUAAUGGGAAAUGGGAAGCAAAUGGGCAGGUGAUCCAGUCGCUUAGCCCAGCCAAUGGUAAAGUGAUAGCGGAGGUGCAGACAGCUAGCCCCUCUGAUUAUGAAGCUUGCGCUGCCGCCUCGCAAGAUGCUUGGCAUUACUGGGCGGAGCUACCGGCACCAGCUAGAGGAGAAAUCGUCCGACAGAUCGGUGAUGCUUUAAGAGAGAAACUUCAGCCCUUAGGAAAAUUAGUUUCCUUGGAAAUGGGAAAAAUUCUUCCCGAGGCAAUUGGCGAGGUGGUGGAAUACAUCCACGUAUGUGAUUUAGCGCUUGGACUAUCACGUUCGUUGCCGGGCACCGUUUUCCCUUCAGAAAGGCCCGGCCAUGUACUUAUAGAGAAGUGGAAUCCCCUUGGUCCGAUUGGCAUCAUCACGGCGUUUAACUUCCCAGUCGCCGUUUUCGGAUGGAACAGCGCUAUUGCUAUGGUAUGCGGAGACACUAGCGUUUGGAAACCAUCGGACACGACACCUCUUGUGGCAGUUGCGGUCACAAAGAUAGUGGAGAGUGUUCUGAAGAAGAACGACAUCCCCGGCGCAGUGGCGGCUCUGUGCGUGGGUGGUAAAGAGAUAGGACAACAGCUGGUGCAAGAUCCGCGGAUGAAAUUAGUCUCAUUUACGGGUAGCACUGCGGUUGGGCAACAGGUAGGUGUGGAAGUUCAAAAGCGAUUCGGGCGCCAUCUCUUGGAACUGGGCGGAAACAACGCGAUCGUGGUGAAUUCUGAUGCCAAUCUGGACCUUCUCCUGUCUGCAGCGCUGUUCGCUUGCGCUGGCACUGCAGGUCAGCGCUGCACCACCACUAGACGACUGCUUAUUCACAAAAAGUUAUACAAUGAAGUGGUGUCUAGGCUAAAGAAAUCGUUCGCUGGAGUAAUCAGCAAGAUAGGAGACCCGUUACUACCUGAGACGUUAAUAGGGCCAUUGCAUACACCAGCGGCCGUAGAAGCUUACAAAAGAACCGUCGCUGAAGCUGUCAAGCAAGGAGGAAAGAUCGAAUUUGGAGGAAAGGUGAUUGAACGCGAAGGAUUUUUCGUAGAGCCGACAAUAAUUACCGACCUACCCCACGAUUCCCCUCUGGUGAAGAACGAGUGCUUCGCCCCUAUUGUAUACUGUAUUGAAAUCCCCGACCUGGAGACUGGAAUAAAGUACAACAAUGAGGUCGAUCAGGGACUCUCAUCUAGCUUAUUUACUGAGAAUCUGGGUGAUGUGUUCAAGUGGAUCGGUUCGCACGGGUCGGACUGCGGCAUCGUGAACGUGAACAUCCCGACGAACGGCGCGGAGGUGGGCGGCGCGUUCGGCGGCGAGAAGGCGACGGGCGGCGGCCGCGAGUGCGGCUCCGACGCCUGGAAGGCCUACAUGCGCCGCGCCACCGUCACCAUCAACUACUCCGGCACCAUCAAACUCGCGCAGAACAUCAAGUUCGGCGACCAAUAG